AAGCGACGCUCCGACGGCGUCAUAGAAUCAACGCCGCCGCGUUGUUUAUUUCAGGUAUUGGUGGCGUCGUUACGCGUUCGCGAGCCCUUCUCUUGUUUAUAGCGUGUUUUAUGUGUCGGCAAUAAAAUAAAACGAAAGAUGGUAGGUAAAGAUCAAGAUGCGAAUGUUAGAAAGGGAAGGUCCGGCGGACUCAAGGCGGAGAAACCGGCCAAGUCCACUGAAAAACGGUCGAGUCCGGCACGAUCUCGCGUUAAAUCUCCAUCCCGACCGGUUAAGGCCCCAGGAACUAGGAGUCCAGGUAGACCACGGCGUAUACCAGAUUCACCUGUAGAAACGCCUCAAUCACCAACCAAGAAAACUUCACCUAAAUCACCCAAACAGAAGACUUCACCAAAAGCAACAGUGAAAACCACUGCAUCCAGUAAAUCUGCACCACCAAAACCACCAUCAUCUCCAGGCAGACGUCCAAUUCGGUCAGUAACAGCACCUAAACCCAAGGAACCAGCAGUCGCAAAGCGUCUGCAAAUCAUCCAAGUGGACGAAUCCGAAUCAGACUCGGAUACCCCGACAACAUCCAGCGUUCAAACGCGAUCGAGACGCACGAUGAGCAAAGAAGCAAGCGUUGAACUCGUCAACAAUUUACGAUCAAGAGUUCGACGCGACAAUGCAGAUCUCUUCAAGUCGCGCUCAAACUAUGAACCAGUGAAAAAACUGACGGAAUUCUCCGAUGAAGAUGAAACUGAACAAGCGCCGAGGGCACAAACAAGAUCCAAACUUCACAUCGGCGCUAUAAUUGGCGCAUUAUUGUAUUGUUUAGGUGAACUUGCCAUCACCUAUUUGAUUCCGCUGUUGUGCGACGAUACACGAUGUGAAUAUCGUUUACCGACGCGAAAAGAUUUGAACACCAUCAUCAAUAGUUUUGAUUUGUCGGUGUUUUUCGGCUUCACUUCAUUUGUGCUCUUCAACGGUAUCUUUUCUGUUAUCCCACUGGGAGGUAAAAAAUACGCGUCUAUGGUAUCGCGCGAUGGAAAGUUCGAGUAUGUCUUGAAUGCGCUUUUUGCGCUGAUUGUUCAAGUCCUUAUUCUGGUCACUCUUGAAGUGUACCAUAUUCCGGUGACGGCACACAUCAUAAAUAACUAUUUCAGUCUGAUUACUUCAGCUGUGGUGUUGUCGUUUACAUUAGGCGUCAUUCUGUUCAUAAAAUCGUUAUACACCAGUAAAGAUAAUCUUGUUUCUGAGGAACAAGGUCAUUUGACUAACUUUAUCCUCGGCGCCGAGGUGAACCCACGUUUUGGUCCUAUGGAUGUUAAAUUCGUUGUUACUCGUGUCUGCACUGUUGGAUUGAUUCUUUUGGUGCUUUCCUACGUGUAUCAAUCAAUGGAAAUGAUUUCUACGCCUCCACUAGACGCAAAAUCAACAAAUGUGACUUGGAAUUUACUUCAAAGCCUUCGAAUUCGACCAACGUUGUUUGUUUUGUCCACUUUGAUUAUUAUUUAUUUUGCUGAUCAGUUUGUCUUUGAAAGUGGCUUAUUGUCUUAUAUGGAGUUUAAGACUAUCUCGUGGGGAUUCCUGAAAUGCAAUGAAUACUUGGCUGGGCUUUUCGUUUACGGUGCUGUGCCGAAAUAUGUUUAUGAUUAUCAUGUGGAGCUGGAGAAUUGGGAAUUAUUGUUGUGUACGAUUAUGUUUUUGGCUGGUUACAUUAUGUACCGCGGUGCAAAUAGUCAGAAACAUGCAUUCAGGGAAAAUCCGUACGCACCUUUGGUGUCAAGAUAUGAUUCGAUUCCGUCGACGAUUGGCAAAAAAAUCCUCUGUUCCGGAUAUUGGGGCUUUGUUCGUCAUCCCAACUACCUCGGCGAUAUUAUGCUGAACGCUGCACUCAUACGUUUUGUAUGGCCCACACCCCUACUGCUAAUCUUUGUCUUUAUUAUCGGCCACUUGGCGGUGCGCGCCUAUGUCGACAAUAAGAAGUGCAGGCAGCGUUAUGGUGUGGCGUGGGACCGGUAUUGCCAGCGGGUACCAUAUCUACUCAUACCGAAAGUAUUUUAAGUUUCGUUUAAUAUAGUUUUACUUUAAUCAAGCAACAACAUCAGAAAUGAUUUUAAAUUUUAACGAUUACAUUAGGUGUGAAUUAAUCUAUGAUCUAGGACAAACUUAAGCAAAGUAAUUAUUAAAGACACACGACAGUGUUUUGCGCCAUCGGAAUGUUCAAAUUGCAACUUGCGGGUUGUUCAAUUGUAUAUAGUAUGUGUAAUCAUGCAUGCAGUGCCAUGUUUUGAAUGGUUUCUGUAUUAUAUUGAUGAUGUUUUUCUGUACACUUCAUUAGUACAUGUUUCUUUUACAAAUUCAUUUCAUGAUUUGUAAAUGAAAUGUUUCUCUUGAAGAUACUUUUAAAAGGAGACUUCCAUCAAUUGUAAAUUAGAAUUUUCAUGACAAUUAUGUUAAUUUCUUUGAUUUAAGUAACUUGCAUUACAAUUGUAAUCUACUUGAAAUGUUAUUUCGUCUACUGGAUUACAAUUAUAAUGUUGUACGCGAUAAUUUUUCAUGUAUUCAAUAAUUUACGUAUAUUUUAGGGAUAAUUUCAUAUCAAUUCAUUUUAUGUAUAUUUAAACAAUUUUUGCGUGCGAUGAGGAAAUUUGUGUACAAUAUUUACAGCGCUCAUUAUGAUCUCUAGUGUAAUUAUGUGCAAUUUGUGAAACGCGAAUUGCCAUAACAUUAUGUUUGCAUGAUCUUUAGCUUGUAAUUAUUAAUUUGAAUAUCGAUAAAAUUAAUUUAUAAACACAGGAUUUCUGUGAUUGAUUGUCAUGGGGAGUUCUGGCAUCAUGUCCCCAGGGAAAAUAGUGUUAGGAAAAAUUGAAGGAAAACAAAAAUCUGCACAAGAUUAAGGAGUACUUAUUGCUUGGGCAGGACAAAUCAAGUAUUUAAAAGCGGUUGAACAAAUAUGAAUGUUUUUUGUAACAGACAUAAAGAAUUAUAAUAAUAAAUUAGACUUUAUAUGAA